AGCCUGCCCGCUGGCCCCCAGGAGCGGUGGGAAUGUGACUGCCGGGAGCCCGGACCCCGGAGCACUCCUCGCUCCCAGGAUGGCGCCCCGCAGGGCUGGGUCGGGUUCCGCCCAGCACUGAGACCUGGCAUGUCCGAAGGUUCACACCAGGUAGAUGUGCCCCUUAAAGAUGGUGACUCUCUCCUGAGAAGCAGGACCACUUUGUACAAGAAAAGAUCGUCUUCCAGUACUCCGCCUGGCAUACAGUAGAACACAAACGUUAAAAGGCUUCCCAGGCUGGCCAGCCUCUCCCCUGCCUGCAGUAGGAAGUGCCGUUCUGGGGCAGGUAAAGAUCCUGAAGCUUAUGGACCUGGCUCCCAUGUUUUACAGACUGAGAGAGCAGGAAGGAGUCUGAGAUUAUCUGGCUCAUUGCCCACCCAUCUAGGAGAAUAUGAAAGUGUUACUCAGGUUGGCUUGUUUAAUAGCUCUAUUGAUUUCUUCUCUGGAGGCUGAUAAAUGUAAGCAUCAUGAAGAAGUUGUAAGUUUGGUUUCGUCUGCAUAUGAAAUUGAUAUUCGUUCAUGUUCUCCUGUCUUAACAAAAAACAACAUCACUGUAAUUUGGUAUCAAAAUGACAGUACAACACCAGUAUCUACGGAAAGAAACUCCAGGAUUCAUCAGUACAAAGAUAAGCUUUGGUUUGUUCCUGCAAAGGUAGAGGAUUCAGGACAUUUCUAUUGUAUAGUAAGAAAUUCAACUUACUGCCUCAAAAGUAAAUUAACUACAAAAUUUGUGAAGAAUGAGCCUGACUCAUGUUAUAAUGCAGAAGCUGUAUUUCCACAGAAACUACCCACUGGAAGAGAUGGAACAAUUGUAUGUCCUUACAUGGAUCUAUUUAAAGAUGAAAACGAUGAGUUCCCCCAAAUACAGUGGUAUAAGAAUUGCAAACCGCUACUUCUUGACAAUGUAAAUUUCAUUGAAGAAAGGAAUAAGCUCCUCAUCAGGAAUGCGAAUGAGGCACACAGAGGCAACUAUACUUGCCACGCAACCUACACGCACUUGGGGAAGCAGUAUCCCAUCACCCGGACAAUACUGUUUACUACUGUGGAGGGCAGCAGACCUAGGAGGCCUGUGAUUAUGAGCCCAGCUAAUGAGACAUUGGCAGUUGCCCUGGGAUCUCAGCUGCAGCUAAUCUGCAAUGUCACUGGCCAUUUGACUGACGUUUACUGGAAGUGGAAUAAAUCAUUUAUUCCUGAGGAUGACCCAAUGCUGGUAGAAGCUUUUAGCCAAAUAAAUAAUCCUUUAGACAAAAAAAAUAGCACAAUCAUAGCAGAGCUUAACAUUUCAGCAGUGGAAAGUAAAUUUUAUCUACACCCAUUUAUCUGCUUUGCCAAAAAUACACAGGGUAUGGAUACAGCAUAUAUCCAACUAGUACAUCCAGUCCCUGAUUUCCAGAAGCAUACAAUUGGUAUACUGGUGAUGUUAACAGUCGUAAUUACAUCCUCUGUUUUCAUCUAUAAAAUCUUCAAGGUUGACAUUGUGCUUUGGUACAGGGAUUCUUGCUAUGAUUUCCUUUCCCCCAAAGCUUCAGAUGGAAAGACCUAUGAUGCAUACAUACUAUACCCAAAGACCCUUGGUGAAGGAUCCACCUCUGAUUCAGAUAUUUUUGUGUUUAAAAUCUUGCCUGAGGUCUUGGAAAAGCAGUGUGGCUAUAAGCUGUUCAUUUAUGGAAGGGAUGAUGAUGUUGGAGAAGACAUUAUGGAGGUCACUAAUGAAAACAUAAAGAAAAGCAGAAGACUAAUUAUCAUUCUGGUUCGAGGGGCACUGGGGUUUAGCUGGCUGGCGAGUUCAUCUGAAGAACAAAUAGCAAUGUACAAUGCUCUCAUUCAAGAUGGAAUUAAAGUCGUCCUGCUCGAGCUGGAGAAAAUCCAAGACGAUGAGAAAAUGCCAGAAUCUAUUAAAUACAUUAAGCGGAAACAGGGGGCCAUAUGUUGGUCAGGGGACGUUAGAGCUGAGUCUCAGUCUGCAAAGACACGGUUCUGGAAAAAUGUCAGGUACCACCUGCCAGCCCGGCAACAACCGUCUUCAAUCAAGCAACAGUUGCUGUCUCCAGGCACUAGGCCGAACUCUAAGGAGGAGCUGCAUAGUCAGGUCCCGGUGCCUCUUGGAUAGUGGGGCAAGCUGGGCCCAGAGUCCUCAGGUGACUCCUGUUUUAUCGCAUUGCAGACUGGACCGCGUCCCUACUGACUGAGAGCCAUUACAUGCAUCUGUAUAGUCCCUUGUACCCAAGGUCACCUGAAUUGGAUGUUAAGGGAACAGGACAUGGUGACAAUAGGUCAGGGCAAUUCAGAGCAGAGGGCUUGGAAGCCCUUUAAAAAGGCAGCAGUGGCCCUCUCUGCAUGUUUGAGCUGCUGCGCAAAGGCACUGGAAGAGCAAACAAAAGGAAAGGACAUGAAGGAGAGAUUUAUCGUGGACAGGAUUCAUGACAUUGUCCGAAGUCCCAGAGUGGAGCUGUGGCUCUGUCUGGGGCCUGCUGGACCACUGGGCCUUGUGGGCUCCCCCAGGCAGUGCUGCAAGGAAGUGAGGCUGGUAUUUCACCAGGGAAAGCGGAAGGAAUCUUCUACUUUCAUUUGCUUUGUAUUAUUAGCACAAGCGUCAACAUUCAGCAGUUUCCCAGUCUGCCUUUCAUGUUGCAGACCUUUACAACUACCACUUCAGUAAACUAAGGGAUUCGCUAGGAUUCCAAGGUUUUGAAAUAUCAGCUUCUCACUGGAAAGGGAGAAUGUCAGUAAGAGUGAUGGAGAAUUGAAAUGCCCUUACUGUUUCCGCCCUGCAAUGACCAUUCCUCUCCAUUUUCUCCUAUGUUUUCCUUGACUCAGCCACUCUUUGGAAGGACAACUUCUAAGGCUCUUCUUCCCUCUGCUCUGUCACACACAGGACCCAUAGAUGCUCCACCAUUCAUAAAACACUGCUUUUGUUUGAUCUUACUCUUGCUAAAAUACUUCCCCAGGCUCCUCUUGUUAAAGGAGCUAAAGCCCAAGUCAUUCUAGUGGCAUUUCGCUGUGGCCUGUCCCCACAGCGGCCCGCUCUGCCCUGCUAUGUGAAUUCCCAGGUCAGCCUCCCACAGCCAGGACCUGGCCCUGGGUUCCUUCAUCUCUGCCUCUCCCCUAUCUUCUCUGGUACCUUCUACAGUUUUCUCUGACCAGCCAGAAUUGUACUGAAAUUAAAAUUUUACUCCAGCUCCAUUUUCCUUAAGAGACUGCCCUAAGAUAGAUUUUCCUCUUAGUCUAAUUCUGAGUACUGCUAGCUAUCACAUAAGAAGAUUGGUCAUUCCCUCUCCAGCAAGGAGCCUGCUCUCUGAGGAAGAGGCUGUGGGUUUGUCUUUUUAUCUAUGAUGCCCUCGCAUGUAAUUUGCACAUAUGACAAUGAUUUGUGUUGUGCUUUAUUGUUUAAAAGUGUUCACAGAUAUUUAAUUUUUAACAAUUAUUCCUAAUUUUAUAGAAAGAACAAGAUACCUGGUUUUUUUUUAAUUACAUUUAGUAUUAUUAUGGAAAUUAAAACUGACAUCUCCAACUGCUGGCUUCUAGUUCAUUGUUUGGCAUAGUUGAUUUCAGGUCAACAAAUCUUCCCUUUAGCUGUAGUGCUCUCACUUUUGUGAGAAGAAAUAAUAGUUUUCUAGGAGAGGGCUGAGUCUAGGAAUGCUUUUAAGAAACCAAUUCAAGCUUCUGAAUGUUGGGAUUUGCAGAAAUUAUAAUAAUAUAUAGAUUGUGUGAAAAGCAUUCCUGCUACCAUAUACCUUUCCCCAAAGGUAAAUAUUUCUUAGUAAAUUAAAAAUGAAAGCAAAUUUUAUGUGGCAUAGAAAAAUAUUUUUAUAUCUGAUAUUCCUCAGGCUCAUUAGAGGAACCCUGGAAAACUACAAAGUCAAGUCUGUGAGCCACUUAGUCAAAGGCAAAUGCAGUUUUAAAGUUGGAUGAACAAGGGUAGAGCUAGACAAAAACAGAGUUUAAUACUUGAUUCUUCCCUCUCCCUGUUUUCUCUGGGAUCUGACCUGAUGGCAUUGAGUAGCAGUGCCAUUGGGUUGCUGCUAUUUUCAAAGGAAGUUGGAGGUUCAGACAGAUUGCCAACAGAAGUCUGGGGGGAUGAGCUUGGAGGCCACAGAGCCCCCAAAAGGCCUACCAAACGCUUUAAACACUGUUAGUUUGUCUAGUAGUGCACAGACUGAGGGCACCUCAGGACCCCUACACUUGCAAAUGAGGAUGGUGUGUGCUUAGUGUAAAAGAAUGAGUGUGUUUGGCUGUACUGCCAAGAGAGCCAUUUCAGAACUUAGAAUUAGCAGUAAAAUUAGACAGAAAGGAAGAAGACAGGAAACAACCAAGAAUUGCAAAUGACAUUAAAGCUGGAAUUUAGGGAGGAAGAACAAACAAGGAGGGGGUGGAGGACAGAGGAGCCCCAACAGGAAAAUGCAGUGUCAUCUCCACACCCAUGAGGGGUGGAGUCUAGAGAAGCAGCUAAUUCCCAGUUCCCUGAAAUGUCCUUGAUUUUUAUUGUUUUCCCUCAAAACCUUUUAAAACAUUUCCUUUUCAGCCUUUUCCAUUAAUUAGUUUUCACUGCAUUAGCUAAUGGGAAUUGUUUUGUCAACCUAAGUGUUUAAGAAAAGCUGCAAGUGUGCCAAAGUAUUUCAUUUCCAGUUGUUAAAACACUGAGCAGAAUUUAUAUUUUCCUUGUCUUUACUCUGCUUACUUUGUGAUGAAUGAGAAGGUAUUGAGCCAUUUUUUUUUUAAAAUGACAUUUUGAUAAGUUGUAUUUGUACUGGAUAAAGAUGAAGGUUUUUUUUUUUUUUUAACGUGUUUGUAUAAUUCAGCAAAUAUCAAUUGUGGUUUUUUUUGUUUUUUGUUUUUUUGCAUUAAAGCAACAUCAUCGAAUCACUGGACCGUACUUGUUUUCAAUAAA